UCAACGCAUACCAUUUAACAUUUUUAAAACCCGUUUUUCUGGCAUUCAGUUUUCUGAUGAGCAUCGUGCAUACUUCUACCGAAGCAGAUUUAUCUUUGGCUCUUCAAAACUGUCAUAGAUUCAAGUGUUUUAACAGUGUAUUUGGCUAAAAAGGAAAACUAAUUGAUUUUAGUGAAUUCGACGCGUCAUUGACAAUGUAUCGACCAAGUUUUGCAUUUUGGUACUGCGUGUUUCUGCUGUUAAUUACAUCCUUGGGAAAGAACGACGAAAGUCAGGAACAAUUCACAAACGGCGAUGAAUGGAGUGACAAUUCAACGAUGCCAUACGAGCUUAACGCAAAUUCUAUGAGAAAUCAAGGCAACCAGACAACAUUAAUGCGUUAUAAUUCGCGCGAAAAUUCUGUGAAAAAUGAAAGUGAAACUAAUUCUAUGCAUGAACUUGAUGGAAAUUCCAAAAAGGAUGACGACCAUAAUAUCGUUCUGUAUGAAAUGUGUAACGAUACUUGCGUACAGCAUUGCUGCAGUUUGGUUCUAAACAAUUGCAAGGAAGCGAAGAUGAAGAAUUUUAUGAAUAACAAUAAUAAUUUGACGCUGAAUGACUUGCUUGGCCAAUAUUCAUAUUUAUUUAUUGACUAUUCAUGCGCAGAAGAGAAGAUUCCAUUUGACAUUAUGAAUAAUGAAAACACGAUGUUUUUCGACAACAGCUCUUUAAACUUAUCACGUCACGAUAGAUUUAUUUCAUUGAUAUCUAAGUGUUUGAAUAUUUCGCGUCGCUAUAUAGAUGUCUGCGAUGGCAUUGUAAAUCAGAUUAAAGAAUCGAGAAAAAUAUAUAUUGACGUUGUCGCUGCAGUUUUCAUAGCAUCUUUGUUGUGUCUUUUGAUGACAUUCAUCGUGUAUUCAAUAUGUUCAGAACUUCAAAAUAUGCACGGAUAUGCAUUGCGUUCACAUGUGGUGUCAUUGUUCGUCGCACACACGAUUUUUCUAAUCGUCGAGAAAGACUACUUUGAAGAGUCGUAUCCUGCCUGCGUUGCAGAAUCCUUACUAUACUAUUUCUGUUAUUUGGCGAGCUUGCUAUGGCAAAAUGUGAUAUGUUUCGACAUUUUACGGACAUUUGGAGCAUUUCGUAUAUUACGAAAAAGCAUAAAGCAAUCAAAGAAAAAAAUGUUUCUCAUGAGUUCGUUCUAUGUGUGGGGAAUCGCUAGCAUUUACAUCAUCAUUUGUACUAUAAUGGACUUUGUUCCUCGUUUUGUGCCUGAUGAUAUUCGACCAAAUAUCUGCAAAGAGUCGAAUUUCGGAUUUGCGCAUUACGCACUUGUUGCAUACUUUGACAUACUCGUAAGUAUUAUUAUUAUCUGCAAUAUAUGUUUUUUUAUUUUUACAAUGUUACACAUUGUAUACGUCACAAAGGACACUGACCGUUUUCUAAAAGAUGCAGAAAGCAAACGCCAUACUCAUGAUAAGCAAAGAUUUAUGAUGUACCUAAAACUGUUCCUCUUGAUGGAUAUAAACAUGACCCUAAAAUGGACUUUAAGUAUGAUCCUUCAAAGCAUUGGGAAGGAAAUGCCAUUCUACGUUCUAAUUAUCAUGGAUACAAUGGAAGGCCUGCAAGGCCUCAUCAUUUUCAUUGUAUUUGUUUGCAAGAGAAGAAUCAUACGAUUACUGCUGAAACAAUUCGGUUGUGAAAACAGUUAUUUGUAUGGCAGAACAUCAACGAGCAACAACUGUCGUACCACAACUUCGCAUACUUCUUCCACAGUGAUAGAGCAAGAACUCAGUUCUAGCGAGCAGGCUAAUUCUCGUGUAAGGAGUUCGUCUGAAGUGGUCGAAAACACUACAAUUUAGCACGAUUUGAUUAACUCUGAUGUUUAACGACACAGAUAUUUCCAACGUAAUUUUAUAUUUUACUUCUUAAAUGUUAUUUUUAAUUUUUAUUUCUCUAUUUUAAUUGUCAUAUAUAUUAAUUGUUACAUUUGUACUUUAUAAAUCAAGGUACUUAAAUUCCCUAAACACCACAGAAUGUUAUUAUAUUGUAUAUCGUAUGAAGAAAACGUGUUUAAAUUGUACAAUAUAAGCGUAGUAUAAUCGCACCGACUAGCGCGCAAAGAUUAAUUACACAUUUUCGAUCUUCCUGUUGUCUAUUGCUUCCUGCUACAAACGCUACAGAGUAUCGAACGUAUCUGUGUGAUGAUACUCGUUUUAUAUUUUUGUAAUAUAAAAUAUAUAUGACAAAGUACGGGUCAAAUUUCCAUAAUUUUGUACAUAAUACA